UCGCCACCAUCCGACUUCGCCGCGGUCGCGACGGGAGGUGAAGACGGGCUUGCGCUCGCUGGAACCAGCAUCAUGGCAUUCCCUCCUCCCCCUCCCGGCUGGGGGCCACCACCGCCGCCACCGAGUGCUCCCCCUCCUCCGCCAUCUUCAGCUCUUCCUCCUCCGCCGUCAGUCCCAGCGCCUCCUCCCCCGGGCUACCGACCGUCCAACGAUCCCCACGCUGCAAAGUUCGAGCAGAAGAAGAAGGAAUGGCUUCGCAUGCAGAGGAAUCGUUUUGGCGAGAAGCGCAAGAGCGGCUUCGUCGAAACCCAGAAAGCCGACAUGCCCCCGGAGCACCUGCGCAAAAUUGUGAAGGACAUUGGUGAUGUUUCCCAGAAAAAGUACACCAAUGACAAGCGCAGCUAUCUUGGUGCUCUGAAGUUUAUGCCGCAUGCCGUCAUGAAGCUCUUGGAGAACAUGCCGAUGCCGUGGGAGUCUGCAAGGGAGGUCAAGGUUCUGUACCACGUCAACGGCUGUUUGACGCUGGUGAACGAGAUUCCCCGCGUUAUCGAGCCAGUAUACCAUGCGCAGUGGGCAACAAUGUGGUUGGUUAUGCGACAGGAGAAGCAGACUCGAAUGUUAUUCAAGCGAAUGCGAUUUCCUCCUUUCGACGACGAAGAGCCGCCUUUGUCGUGGUCUGAAAACAUUGAGGGUGUCGAGCCUUUGGAGCCAAUCCAGCUUGAGCUUGACGAAGAGGAGGAUGAAGCCGUGUACGAGUGGUUCUACGAUCAUCGACCUCUUCUUGACACUCCGCAUGUCAACGGACCAAGCUACAAGACAUGGAACCUGACGCUGCAGCAAAUGGCGACGCUCUACCGGCUGAGCACCCCACUUCUCACGAACACGAUCGAUCCAAACUAUUUUUACCUGUUUGAGCGCAACAGCUUCUUCACAGCCAAGGCUUUGAAUGUUGCGCUCCCUGGUGGACCGCGGUUCGAACCUCUGUACAAAGACAUUGACCCUAACGACGAAGACUUUGGCGAGUUCAACGCCAUCGACCGCAUCAUUUUCCGAAAUCCGGUGAGGAAUGAGUCUAGGGUUGCCUUCCCAUACCUCUACAACCAUCUGCCGAGGAGUGUGCAGAUCUCUUGGUACUCUCACCCUCAGAUCGUUUACAAGCAGCCUGAGAACCCCGAUCUGCCUGCAUUCCACUUUGACAUGUCCAUCAACCCCAUUUCUUCAAGGGCUGUGGCACCAAGGAACAUUGCAGUCAGCCAUGAAGACGAGAUUUUUGGUGUAGGGAACAACGAGGAGCCAGAGGAUGAAGCAUUCGAGCUUCCGCCUGCGCUCGAGCCCUUCCUUGACGGGGAGGAUUUGUACAAUGAGGACACAGCUUCGGCCAUCCAGCUGUGGUGGGCACCAUUCCCUUUCGACCGACGAUCCGGUCGUAUGGUUCGGGCCCAAGAUGUACCAUUGAUCAAACAGUGGUACCUUGAGCACUGUCCGCCAAAGCAACCUGUCAAGGUCCGCGUGUCAUACCAGAAGCUCUUGAAGACAUACGUCCUCAACGAGCUGCACUCAAAGAAGCCAAAAUCACUGCAGAAGCAAAACCUAUUGAGGACACUGAAGCAAACAAAGUUCUUCCAGCAGACCACGAUCGACUGGGUUGAAGCAGGUCUUCAGGUGUGCCGACAGGGUUUCAACAUGCUCAACCUCCUUAUCCACCGCAAGAACUUGACCUAUCUUCACCUGGAUUACAACUUUAACCUGAAGCCCGUCAAAACGUUGACGACCAAAGAGCGGAAGAAGUCACGCUUUGGAAAUGCUUUCCACCUGAUGCGUGAAAUUCUGAGGUUGACCAAGCUUAUUGUUGACGCCCAAGUUCAGUAUCGCCUUGGAAACAUCGAUGCCUUCCAGUUGGCUGACGGUAUUCUAUACGCCUUCAACCAUGUCGGUCAGUUGACUGGUAUGUAUCGGUACAAGUACAAACUCAUGCAUCAGAUCCGUUCCUGCAAGGAUCUCAAGCAUUUGAUUUACUACCGCUUCAACUCCGGUGCCGUAGGAAAGGGUCCUGGUUGUGGCUUCUGGGCCCCUGCCUGGCGUGUUUGGCUCUUCUUCAUGCGCGGUAUAAUUCCGCUGCUGGAGCGGUGGCUCGGUAAUUUGCUGUCACGUCAGUUCGAGGGUCGUCACAGCAAAGGUGUUGCCAAGACAGUGACGAAGCAGCGCGUCGAAUCCCAUUUCGACCUGGAGCUGCGAGCCUCGGUAAUGGCAGACCUGAUGGACAUGAUGCCUGAGGGAAUCAAGCAGAACAAGGUCAACACGGUUCUUCAGCAUCUUUCCGAGGCUUGGAGAUGUUGGAAGAGUAACAUUCCAUGGAAGGUCCCCGGCUUGCCUGCGGCCAUUGAGAAUAUAAUUCUUCGGUAUGUCAAGGCCAAGGCCGACUGGUGGAUCUCGGUUGCCCAUUACAACCGUGAACGUAUUCGACGUGGUGCUACCGUCGACAAGACUGUGGCAAAGAAGAACGUUGGCCGUCUUACCCGUUUGUGGCUCAAGGCUGAGCAGGAGAGACAGCACAAUCACAUGAAGGACGGUCCGUACGUAUCAUCGGAGGAGGCAGUGGCCAUCUACACAACCACGGUCCACUGGCUGGAAUCCCGCAAGUUCUCCCCGAUCCCUUUCCCGAGUGUUUCCUACAAACACGACACCAAGAUCCUCAUUCUUGCCCUCGAACGUCUGCGAGAGUCCUACUCUACCAAGGGAAGGCUGAACCAGAGUCAGCGUGAGGAGCUGGCCUUGAUCGAGCAGGCCUACGACAGUCCAGGGACAACAUUGGAAAGGAUCAAGCGUUUCUUGCUUACCCAGAGGGCGUUCAAGGAGGUUGGCAUCGACAUGAACGACAACUACAGUACCAUCAACCCAGUGUACGACAUUGAGCCAAUCGAAAAGAUUAGCGACGCCUACCUUGACCAGUACUUGUGGUACCAGGCAGACCAGCGCCACUUGUUCCCCAACUGGAUCAAGCCUGCAGACUCUGAGGUCCCGCCCCUGCUGGUUUACAAGUGGGCUCAGGGCAUCAACAACUUGCAUGAUGUCUGGGAAACCAAGAAUGGCGAGUGCAACGUCAUGAUUGAGACGCAGCUCUCCAAGGUCUACGAGAAGAUUGAGCUUACUCUUCUCAACUCGCUUCUGCGAUUGAUCAUGGACCACAACCUGGCUGACUACAUCACUGCCAAGAACAAUGUGUCACUUACUUACAAGGACAUGAACCACGUCAACAGUUACGGCAUGAUCCGCGGUCUUCAGUUCUCUGCAUUUGUCUUCCAGUACUACGGUCUAAUUCUGGAUCUGUUACUGCUUGGACCUCAGCGAGCAAGUGAGAUUGCUGGACCUCCGCAGUCUCCCAACGAUUUUCUGCAAUUCAAGGAUCGGGAAACCGAAACAAAGCACCCGAUCCGUCUGUACUCGAGGUACAUCGACAAGAUUUGGGUGUUCCUGAGGUUCACAGCAGACGAAUCCAGGGACCUCAUCCAGCGUUUCCUCACCGAGCAACCUGAUCCUAAUUUCGAAAAUGUUAUCGGCUACAAGACGAAGAAAUGUUGGCCCCGUGAUGCAAGGAUGAGGCUGAUGCGCCACGAUGUCAACCUAGGCAGGGCCGUUUUUUGGGAUCUCAAGAACCGCCUGCCUCGAUCCAUCACCACCAUCGAAUGGGAAGACACGUUCGCCAGUGUUUACAGCAGGGACAACCCCAACCUGCUCUUCUCGAUGUGUGGCUUUGAGGUUCGCAUCUUGCCAAAAUGCCGCAACCAAAACGAGGAUUUCUCGGUCAAGGAGAGCGUAUGGUCACUUGUAGACAACACGACCAAGGAGAGGACGGCACAUGCUUUCCUUCAAGUUACCGAAGAGGACAUCCAGAAGUUCAACAACCGUAUUCGCCAGAUUCUCAUGUCUUCCGGGUCAACCACAUUCACGAAGAUUGCCAACAAGUGGAACACUGCCUUGAUUGCGCUCUUCACAUACUACCGUGAAGCUGCUGUUUCGACAGUGGACCUCCUAGACACAAUCGUGAAGUGCGAGACCAAGAUCCAGACGCGUGUCAAGAUUGGGUUGAACUCCAAGAUGCCGUCCAGAUUCCCCCCCGCUGUCUUUUACACCCCCAAGGAGCUGGGUGGUCUCGGCAUGAUCUCCGGCUCACACAUUCUCAUUCCUGCCAGCGACAAGAGGCUCAGCAAGCAAACCGACACUGGCAUUUCGCAUUUCCGUGCAGGCAUGACGCAUGACGAGGAAACUCUCAUCCCGUCAAUCUACCGCUAUGUAACCAGCUGGGAGUCUGAGUUUAUCGACUCUCAGAGGGUGUGGACCGAGUAUUCGCAGAAGCGGCUGGAGGCCAACCAACAGAACCGCCGACUGACUUUGGAGGAUCUUGAGGAUUCUUGGGACCGUGGUCUGCCCAGAAUUGCAACACUGUUUCAGAAGGACCGGUCGACGCUCAGUUUCGACAAGGGAUUCCGAGUUCGGUCCGAGUUCAAGAUCUACCAGCUCAUGAGGAACAACCCAUUCUGGUGGACGAGCCAGCGCCACGACGGCAAGCUCUGGCAGCUCAACUCCUACCGAACCGAUGUUAUUCAAGCUCUUGGUGGUGUCGAAACCAUUCUCGAGCACACUCUUUUCAAAGCGACCGGCUUCAGUUCGUGGGAGGGAUUGUUCUGGGAGAAGGCCAGCGGUUUUGAGGAGUCGAUGAAAUUCAAGAAGCUCACCAACGCGCAACGGUCCGGUCUCAGUCAAAUUCCCAACCGUCGUUUUACCCUGUGGUGGUCACCUACCAUCAACCGAGCCAACGUCUACGUCGGUUUCCAGGUCCAGCUUGAUCUUACUGGAAUUUUCCUCCACGGUAAAAUCCCCACACUCAAAAUCUCGCUCAUUCAGAUCUUCCGAGCACAUCUGUGGCAGAAGAUCCACGAGUCGGUCGUCAUGGACUUGUGUCAAGUUUUCGACCAGGAGCUUGAGUCUUUGGGCAUCGAGACCUGCCAAAAGGAGACAAUUCAUCCCCGAAAGUCGUACAAGAUGAACAGCUCCUGUGCUGAUAUCCAGCUCUUUGCCACGCACAAGUGGAACGUAACCCGUCCCUCGAUGCUUUUUGACACCAAAGACACCAUCGAGAACACAUCAACUUCAAAGUUCUGGAUCGAUGUGCAAUUGAGAUACGGAGACUACGACUCCCACGACAUAGAGCGAUACGUCAGGGCCAAAUAUCUCGACUACACCACUGACAGCAUGAGUCUCUACCCGUCUGCAACUGGUCUAAUGCUGGCUAUAGAUUUGGCGUACAACCUUUACGGAGGCUACGGACAGUACUUCCCUGGCCUCAAGGUCCUGAUUCAGCAGGCGAUGGCCAAAAUCAUGAAGUCCAACCCUGCGCUGUACGUCUUGCGCGAACGUAUCCGCAAGGGUCUUCAGCUCUAUGCCUCGGAAUCGAACCAGGAGUUCUUGAACUCUCAGAACUACUCGGAACUUUUCAGCAACCAGACGCAGCUCUUUAUCGAUGACACGAACGUCUAUCGUGUCACUAUCCACAAGACCUUUGAGGGUAACUUGACGACGAAACCCAUCAACGGUGCAAUCUUCAUCUUCAACCCCCGCACUGGACAGCUGUUCCUGAAGAUUAUCCACACGAGUGUCUGGGCUGGACAGAAGCGUCUCGGUCAGCUGGCCAAGUGGAAGACGGCUGAAGAAGUCGCGGCUUUGAUCCGAUCGUUGCCCGUCGAGGAGCAACCCAAACAGUUGAUUGUCACUCGCAAGGGCCUGCUUGAUCCCCUCGAGGUCAACUUGUUGGAUUUCCCCAACAUCUCUAUCCGUGCUUCAGAGCUGCAGUUGCCAUUCCAGGCUGCCAUGAAAGUGGAAAAGCUCGGCGACAUGAUUCUUCGAGCAACCGAGCCGCAAAUGGUGCUCUUCAACCUGUUCGAUGAUUGGCUCAAGAGCAUUUCGUCUUACACGGCAUUUUCGCGUCUGGUCCUUAUCCUCAGGGCCCUGCACGUCAACCAAGACAAGACCAAGCUCAUCCUGAGGCCGGACAAGACUGUGAUAACGCAGGACCACCACAUCUGGCCGUCAUUCACGGACGAAGAAUGGAUCAAGGUGGAGACGCAGCUCCGUGAUCUCAUCCUGAAUGACUACGGCAAGAAGAACAAUGUCAAUGUGGCGAGCCUGACCAGUUCAGAAGUGCGAGACAUCAUCUUGGGUAUGGAGAUCUCUUCGCCGUCCAUGCAAAGGCAGCAGGCUGCAGAGAUCGAGAAGCAGCAGCAGGAGCAGCAGCAGCUCACUGCGGUUACCACCAAGACUCAAAAUGUGCACGGAGAGGAGAUUAUCGUCACGACAACGUCUCAGUUCGAGCAGCAGACCUUUGCCUCCAAGACCGAAUGGCGCACCAGGGCCAUUGCCUCGUCUAACCUUCGAACUAGGGCAAACAACAUCUACGUGUCGUCGACCGAUGGCAGCUUGGACGACAUGACAUACGUCAUGCCAAACAACAUUUUGAAAAAGUUCAUACAGAUUGCCGACUUGCGUGUGCAAGUCGCCGGCUACCUGUACGGAUCUUCGCCACCGGACAACUCUCAGGUCAAGGAGGUCAAGUGCAUUGUUCUUGUCCCUCAAAUCGGCGGCCUGCGCAACGUGCAGCUUCCUCAGAACCUGCCGGUGCACGACACGCUGAAGGGCAUGGAGCCCCUGGGUGUUAUCCACACCAUGUCGGGCAACGAGCUGCCGUACAUGUCCGCUGUGGACGUCACAGAACACGCCAAGCUCCGAGAUGCGCAUCCCGAGUGGCAGGAUGAAGGCCGUGAGACCCUGACUGUUACCGUCUCAUUCACUCCCGGCAGUGUUUCCCUGUCGGCGUGGGCGCUUACACCGCAGGGUUACAAGUGGGGCGUGGACAACAAGGACAUUCAGAGCGACCAGCCGCAAGGAUUCACGACGACCAUGGGCGAAAAGCGCAAGCUUCUCCUCAGCCCUCGCUACAAGGGCUUCUUCCUGGUGCCGGACAAUGGCAAGUGGAACUACAGCUUCAUGGGCUCGGCCUUCUCUGGUUUGCUGAAGAAGCCGGUGCCCGUCAAGCUCGACACCCCGGCGCCCUUCUACAGCGACAUACACCGACCGCUGCACUUCCAGAACUUUGCAGAGCUUGAGGACAUUUGGGUUGACCGGACGGAUAAUUUUGCAUAG